AUGGAGAUACGAGUAGGAGUGGCGAGGGGGGCGUUAUCGUCAUGCCACCUGAAGGAUGCAAAGUCGUCAGUGCUGUGCAUGAUUUUUCUUGAGCAGAAGAAUGAAGUUGAUGCGCAGGUGGAGGUGAAAUUUUCGGAGGGAGUGCCUGGUCCUAUCCGUUUGCCUAUCAAGUCGACGAUAGAGAGUCUGUUUUGUGUGAAGAGCAGGUCUACCCGAAUAAGAGUUGUGCUGCAUGCAAUACGAAGCGGAGAGGAGGUGUUUUGCAGUCUUAUCAACUCGUUUUCAGUGUGUGUGAUUCUGUCUGGGCUUGGUGUGAUAGAUACGGUGUGCUCUAGCAUGCUAUGUGUGGGCGAUACUGAAGAUAAGGAGAGGGGAGUUGGCACUAUGGUUCAUGCUGUGUAUAUGAUUCAUAGGAAACGGAUUAUGCAGGUGUAUUUUGAAGGGCUGGUGGAUGUAGAGAGGCUUGGAGAUGCUGUAGAGAGGCUUGUUUCUGAAUGUGAAAAGAAGGGAGAGGUGCUGAGAGCGAAGAUAGAGGAGAUUGUAGAGGGUGUAACGGAACGGUAA